CACACUCGUAGUAGGCGGAGGCAAGAAGCCACACACACACACUGGAGGUAGCCCCAUCAGCUGGGGAAAGCAACACAGCUUGAAUUGUUAUUUUUCUAACGUUUUUCUUCAGUCAAACCGAAUUGAAAGCGGCUUUUUAGAUGUAAGCUACUAGCGAGUACAGUGGAAAUUCUGCGAGGGAGAACGAAAAACAACCGAACAUCUAUUUAUUUUAACAAGGAGCGCAGGGGAGGGAGAAGAAAACAGCAAACACGGACUGAAGGUGGCUUUGAAAGCAUGGAAUAUUUCAUGAUGCCGACAGAGAAGAUACAGUCCUUACAACAGUUCAAGAAAUCGGAGAAGGAUGUUAUUGGAGGUCUCUGCAGCCUGGCCAACAUCCCCCUCAGUCCAGAGACUGCUCAGGACCAAGAGAGGCGAAUUCGCAGGGAAAUCGCUAAUAGCAACGAGCGCCGGCGUAUGCAGAGCAUCAACGCAGGAUUCCAGUCCCUGAAAACACUCCUGCCGCACACCGACGGGGAGAAACUCAGCAAGGCGGCCAUCCUGCAGCAGACAGCAGACUAUAUCUUCACCUUGGAGCAGGAAAAGACGCAGCUUCUGGCACAGAACAAUCAGCUCAAGCGCUUCAUCCAGGAGUUAAGUGGCUCAUCGCCUAAAAGGAGGCGAGCAGAGGAGAAGGAUGAAGGGAUUGGGUCUCCAGACAUGAUGGAGGAGGAGAAGGUUGAAGAGCUGAGGAGGGAGAUGUUAGAGCUGCGGCAGCAAUUGGAUAAGGAGCGCUCGGCUCGCAUGCAGCUGGAGGAUCAGGUGCGCUCUCUGGACACUCAGCUGCACCCAGAGCGUCUGAAGGUGAUCACCCAGCAGGUGGAAGAGGAGCAUGCACUCAUCCAGAGCCAGACGCUGCUACGGCUACACCAGAUCCACGCUGUGGACAGACAAACACACAGUCCACAGGUGUUGGCUUCUCCCCCUGCCCCCACCCACCAUCCCACGGUGAUAGUCCCAGCUCCAACACUAACCCAGCACCCCCACCAUCAUGUCACAGUGGUCACCAUGAGCCCGUCAGCCCACACCAGCACGGUGUCCACCUCUAGACAGAACCUGGACACCAUUGUGCAGGCCAUCCAGCAUAUCGAACGCACUCAGGAGAGGAGAGCCAGCGCUGAGGAGGAGCAGAGAAGAGCUGUCAUUGUAAGCCCCGCCCACGUCGCCAUGGACACCGCCUGCUCUGACACAGACACUGACACAGAGGGGGAGGACAGUUCAAUGAAUUGAUCCAUCCCAUGAACUCUCUCUCUCUCUUUUGCUCUCCCUCACACACACACACACACACACACACACACACACACACACACACACACAUAAAUACCUUUUCACUGUAAGAUUCCCUCCAGGAGGUUGACUGCUUUUUGACAAAAAAAAAAAAAGGAGAAAAAAAAAGUCGUCUUUGGCAUUAUCCAAACUCCUAAAAUCCAAUGGUUAAGCUCUGUGUCAGUCUUGUACUGUAAAAUCUCUUAAUAUUGAAAACAUAGGAUGGUCAGCGUGCAGAGGAGACACUGUGGGAUCUCUCGAGGCUGUCUUUCAAUGGCAGAGCCGGUCUGUGACUAUUUUGAAACUUGAGGGUCUUCUCGUGUAAAAAAGCUAUCAGCAUCAGUCCGCCCUUCAUUUUGUGUUUACGUGUCGCAGUAAUCCAUCGUCACUGGCACACCGGCAGUAUUACUUGUGCUUCAAACUGAUGGGAGUCAGUGUAACGGAGAGCUGAAUGUAUGAUCGCAAUAACCGAGCAGCUCUCAAUUCUGAAACUCAAACUACAGCUGAAGCAGUUUCAAAAUGUCAGAAUUUGGAAUUAAAUUCACCUAAUUACAAGUUUAAUUUGAAGAUACUCACUUAAAGAAAUUGUCUGAUUUUACUUGAAAGAAAAAAUGCUUUUGAUGUCGAAAUAAGCCCUUAAAAUAAGCUCUUGAUCAAUUUACUUUGGUCGUCUUUUUGGUUAUGUUUUUGUUAACUUUAUGUCAGCGUUACUGAAUACGGAAGGUGAACAAUUUCUUAAAUUGAAUUUAACAAAUUGGAGGUUUAUCAGGUUUUUACAGGGAACCGGGGUCCCUGAGGGGAUUUUUUUAUUUUUUUUAAAUAAAGUUCUGAUUUCAGUUUUGAACCAGCCGCCAUCAAAUGUUGGUUUAUCGCUCGAAAAUAUUAACCAACAUUAAUGUCUGGUGUUAAUUUAUGAUCGCUCCCAGACAAUUUGACUGAAUCAGAUAUUUUUUUCGUUUUUUUAAUUGUAAAUGAAAAUAUGUGAAGUUUAGCUGAUGCGAUUUGGAUGAUUCAUAUGCUUGCACUGCAUGCAGGCUUCUGGUGUUGCUCCAAAGACUAUCUAAGUCUCUUUUAGUCCUGGUUUAUUAAUUUCAGUGACUAUGCACUAACGUUUUUUGGUAUUUAUGCAAUUCCAUCUUCAUUACAUUUGUUGGUGUCAUUUCUACAUGAGGUGAAGAUCUCUAUGCACCGUCAAUAGGUGUUUACGCGCCUACAGUAUAUGUAUGAAACUUGAUGAGCUUGUGUCAAAGAAUGUAGUCUCUACUUGCAAGGUGCUCUUUUAAUAACCCUGGUGCUCUGCUGAUGAGCAGUGAGCUGAGGCCAAAACCCUUCAUGUAACCGUUAAUCACAUUUCCUACAGAUCCAGUUUUGUUUUAGUUUUUUUAAUAUUUGUCAUUUACACACUUUGAACAUGCUCAGAGUGUAGAGCAGGGAUGGGUUUUCAGGGUGCUCACACGCAGAAAUAACUGGGAGGGAAAACUCUUAAUCAAGGCAAUUCAUGAUGAGCAGCUUUAGGUGGGGAAAACUGAGCAUAUAAUCAGGUCAUUGUCAGUUUUCUGGGCAUCAACAUUUGCCACAAAAAGUUCAAAAACACUGUUUGGUAAAAUGUAAAAUUGACACGACACUCAGCUACAAGCCCUCCAUUUGUCUGUCUCAAAAAUGCACCAAGUCUGUCCACCUCAUGUUACUUUGUUCAUAUUUCUUGGGAAUUUGACUGGAAACCCCUGCUACGAGCCUCUCUCCUGUCAUACUCAAUUUGAUACGCUGACUUGAUGCUGUAAACAUUCCCUUUUUUGGAUUUGUAUCUGUCUUUUGAUCUCUUGUAUGUUCUGUUGCCAACUGAAUGCAUAUUACUAAUCGGCAUUUUCUCUCGUCUGAAGUAAUCUUUUGUUAUGACAUUUUGUUUAUUUCUUGUGGGUUCUUUUUUUUUUUUUUUUUUUUUUUUUUCUUCUUCUUUUUUCAUGAACACAUGACUGAUGCGUUCAGUGACACUGUCUUGUGUAGGAUGUGUGGACACUAGUCACUCCCAGGCAUCAGGUUAGGCUAGACUAGCAUUUUCAUGCCAAACGUGGGGUAUUUUUCAUAUUUUGUUUGUGAAACUUUGUUAAAGGGUUUGGUGUUGCUCUGACACAUGACAACAGCCUGAUUUUAAUCUGGGCUGUUGUUGGUCAGAGAAACUCUUACACCCAGAUGUUUCUGUACAUUGUGUUGCAGCACUGCUGUCUUUUGGUGGAAUUUGACAUAUUUGAUAUGAAGCACUUGCUGUUCUUUAAUGCCUGAAUCAGCUUUCAGGAAGGGUUGUUUUGGGUUUUUUUUUCUCCCCAUACGCUCUUUGCCGUGACGCAGUUUAAAAUCUUUCAUUUGUCUUGCUUUUCAUUUUUUCAGUGACAAGCCUUUUAUAUUGUGAUUUUAAGUUUUGGUUUUUGUUCUGCAUCAGUCCAGGUCGAUGAGAAGCUGUUAUAUUUUGUUUAUAAAAAAAGAAAAACCUUGGGUAAACAGGCCUUUGUAAAGAUGAAAAAAUAAAAAUUUGUACUUUUUUAUUACA